AUGUCGUCUUCAAUUUCAGAAUCGGCACUGCUGCCAGCUGAUGAGCGGCGUGCCAGGCUGGAGCAGUUUUGCAACACCCUGCGGGACGAGACCUUUGUUGGGGUUCCCGAGGUGACGGCCCAGCAGCUGCGCGACAAGCUCGACGGCGGGGGCGGCGUCGUGCUCGUCGACGUGCGCACACCAGAGGAGCAACAGGUGUCCAUGAUACCGGGCCCUCCUGGUUUUGUCGUCACGCGCGCCCAGUUCGAAGCCGACCCCGGCAAGUGGAGGGGCUGCCAGGCCGUGUGCUCGUGCACCGUGGGGUACAGGUCGGGGCAGUACGCCCAGAAGCUGCUGACGUCAUCGGCUGUCACCGACGCGGGGCUGUCGGGGGCCGCCAAUCUUAGGGGGGGUAUUCUUGCCUACACACAAGCCGGGCUGCCUCUUGUGGACCCUGCAACGGGGGAGGCCACGCAGCGCGUCCACGUCUAUGCGCCGCGCUGGGCGUUCCACGGGGAGGGCUACACCCCGGUGGCCUUUAACCGCCCCCUGCUCAGCAUGCUGAAGGAGGCCGUGUUCAACGCCCUGGGGCUGGGCAAAGCCAAGCCCGUGUGA